AUGAUCUUUGGACGUGACAACGACAACAACAACAACAACGACGACUCCUCUUUUGGAUCCAAGGUUGGUGGUAUUGCCAGCAAGGUCUUUGGUGGUGACAAUGAUAACAACAGAGGUGGCUACGGCAAUGACAAUAACUCUUCCUCUUAUGGCAAUGACAAUGAUAAUGACUCCUAUGGCUCUUCUAACAAGAAGAGUUCUUACAGCAAUGACUCGUCUGACUCUUACGGCUCUUCCAGCAACUCUUAUGGAAAUGACGACUCUUCUAACUCCUAUGGUUCUUCUAACAAGAAGAGCUCUUAUGGUGACGACUCUUCUAACUCUUAUGGAAAUGAUGACUCUUCCAACUCCUAUGGUUCUUCUAACAAGAAGAGCUCUUAUGGUGACGACUCUUCUAACUCUUAUGGAAAUGAUGACUCUUCCAACUCCUAUGGUUCUUCUAACAAGAAGAGCUCUUAUGGUGACGACUCUUCUAACUCUUAUGGAAAUGAUGACUCUUCCAACUCCUAUGGUUCUUCUAACAAGAAGAGCUCUUAUGGUGACGACUCUUCCGACUCUUAUGGCUCUAGCAGAAACAACAACUCUUCUUCUUAUGGAAAUGACAACUCUUCCGACUCUUAUGGUUCUGGCAGAAACAACAAUUCUUCCUCUUCUUAUGGAAACGAUGACUCGUCAGAUUCUUAUGGCUCUGGCAGAAAUAACAACUCUUCCUCUUAUGGAAAUGACGAUUCUUCAAACUCUUAUGGAAGCAGUAACAAUGACGACUCUUAUGGUUCUGGAAACCGCAGAGGUGGCAGAGACAAUGACAACUCUUAUGGCAGCAGCAACAACAACAACAGCAAUGAUGAUAGCAACUGGUAA